AUGGAGAAGGCGUUGGAGAGAUAUGGAGUUACGCACCGCUUGUCCACCGCGUAUCAUCCACAAACGAGCGGUCAAGUGGAGAACGCGAAUCGAGGAGUGAAGCGGAUUUUGGAGAAGACGGUAGGGAAGAGUAGGCAAGAUUGGUCCGACAAGUUGGACGAUGCGUUGUGGGCUUUUCGAACCGCCUACAAGACGCCAUUAGGUACGACACCGUUUAUGAUCGUCUACGGGAAAGCGUGUCACUUACCGGUCGAGUUAGAGCAUCGGGCUCUUUGGGCGCUCAAAACGGUGAAUUUAGAUUUGACCGAGGCCGCUAGGAGACGAUUUUUCCAAAUCCAUGAGUUAGAGGCGCUUCGUGACACCGCGUAUGAUCGUUCUUGGAGUAUCAAGGAGAAGUCGAAAGCGUUGCAUGAUAGGAAGUUGCGAAAGUUGAAGGAGUUUAAAGUGGGCGAUCGGGUGCUAUUAUUCAAUUCGAGGUUGAAAUUGAUCGCCGGGAAAUUGAAGUCGAGAUGGUCCGGGCCGUACGUCGUGAAGGAGGUUUUCCCGUAUGGUACCGUUGAGUUGUUUGAUGAGGAGAGUUCGCAUGUGUGGAAGGUAAACGGGCAUAGGUUGAAACACUACAUAGGAGGUCCCAUCGAUACCGCCGAAGAGGAAACCGUUCCUCUUUCGGACCCGCCUAGCACCGCCACGAUGUCAGGUGAAGGAUCAUCUUCGGGUGUGAAGCGCAAGAGGCGCAAUACUCGUGCUCAGGCGGCUGCACAGGAGUAG